CACUCACACACACACACACACACUCAGAAACUGCUUGAUGCCUUCUAUCUAUUUAAGCUCUUCUUUGCCAUCAACUUUGAAAUACAAUUUCCUCUGUCAUUCAUUCUCAUAAGAUCAAAAAAACUACUGGUAUAUACAACCAAACCAACCCAAUAUAAUUCAUUCCAAGGAAAAUCAUACCAGAUUCUGAACUUGCAUGGGGCUAUCAUUUUCAUGCCCAUUUGCAGCAUAUACAGAUAUAGAACAAGCCCUAAAAUCCAUCAACUUUGACCAAGAUAAUGAAGUCAACACUUUGGGAUUAUCUUGCAGUUUUAAGAUCAAUGAUUCUGACCCAUUGGCCAUGCAGUUGAUGGGGUCUCAAGUAAUGAAAAAGAUUGAUAAAUCUGUUAGCUUUAAAGUUGAAAAGACUGAAAUGCCCUCUGAAUCACCAAGAUCUGGUAUUGUUUUUGAAGAUCUUGAAUCAGGUAGUCCCAAACAUGAAGCUGCCACAAAGCUGCAAAAAGUUUAUAAAAGUUUUAGAACAAGAAGAAAGCUUGCAGAUUGUGCAGUUCUUAUUGAACAAAGCUGGUGGAAGCUGUUAGAUUUUGCGGAACUUAAAAGAAGUUCGAUAUCAUUUUUCGAUCUUGAUAAACAAGAAACUGCGAUUUCGCGUUGGUCCAGAGCAAGAACAAGGGCUGCCAAGGUUGGAAAAGGCUUAUCAAAGAAUGGUAAAGCACAAAAGCUUGCCUUGCAACAUUGGCUUGAGGCAAUUGAUCCGAGACAUCGUUACGGGCAUAAUCUUCACUUCUAUUAUGGAAAAUGGUUGGAUUCUCAAAGCAAAGAACCCUUCUUCUACUGGCUGGAUAUAGGAGAAGGGAAAGAAGUGAAUCUCGUUGACAAAUGUCCGCGAUCAAAGCUUCAACAACAAUGCAUUAAGUAUCUCGGACCCAUGGAGAGGAAGGAAUACGAGGUUGUAAUAGAGGACGGAAAGCUUUUAUAUAAACAAACCGGCGAAUACAUAGACACAACCGGAUCAUCCAAGGGUUCUAAAUGGAUCUUUGUUUUAAGUACAUCUAGAACUUUAUAUGUUGGAAUAAAAAAGAAAGGUUUAUUUCAACAUUCGAGUUUUUUAGCUGGUGGUGCGACGUUAGCAGCUGGGAGACUAGUUUCCGAGAAAGGCGUUUUAAAGGCAAUCUGGCCUCACAGCGGUCAUUAUCGUCCAACACAAGAAAAUUUUCAAGAUUUCGUUUCGUUUCUUCAAGACAACGAUGUGGAUACUACUUAUGUCAAGAUGGAUGCAGAUGAAGAUGAUAAUGAAUCUUUUAACAAGCAGGGUACUAGCCUUCAUAUAAGAACUCACUCUUCCGAAGACGACGUGUGCGAAAAGGAGCACGCAGAUACAGAAGACGCGUGCGUAGAGGAUCACGCCUCACAAAUGACGAUCAUCAUGAAGCAAAUUACUCCUUAUUUACCUACGGAAUCACCAAAGAAAUCGAGACUAUCUCGAUCAUCCAGUAGGAAAUUAACAAACUUCAAAACCGAAGAUCAAGCCGAUGAAGCGAAGGACCCAGUCGGGUCCCACCCGAUUCACGCCACGUCAGCACAUGACAUGUCGGACGAUGAAGUCGAGCCACGUGUAGAGAAUAACACGGUCCCGAAAAAAUCGAUCUUACAACGGAUUGGUUCACAUAAAGGAACGAAAUCGUUUCAACUGGGACGACAGCUGUCGAGCAAAUGGAGUACGGGAGCUGGGCCCCGCAUCGGUUGUUUACGAGACUACCCAACCGAGCUGCAGUCGCAUGCAUUGGAGCAAGCGAAUUUAUCUCCGAAAAGUGCUCCUUGCAAUCAUAAGUAUAAUUCUAAUAAAACUUUUUUUUCAAGAAAUUGUGGACCUUAUAGAACAAGAUCUGGGCCAAGUCAAAUAGGUGAAUUUACAAACAUUUUUUGAUUUUUUAGGGUGAAUAUGAAAUUGACAUAGGAAAUUUUAUUCAUUCUUUUUGAAGUUAAGAUGAUCAAACAUCUAUA